UUCGCACGUGAAAAAAUGGGUAACUAGUAUGACACUUUCCGCCGUCCUGUGCCUCUGACAGUACGGUAACCAAACUAAUUGAAACGGGUAAAUGGCGCGUGCGAUUGUUUAUACUUUGGGUGUUGUCGUUGGUCUAUUUUUAUGUGGGUGUCAGACCAUGGAGUUGGAGCACAACUUUGCAAGACCUUGGCUAAAUAUUGGAGGUAGUAUGCUCUACCUCAAUCUUUCCGAGUUUUGGAAUAUAGUUCACGAUGUCCUACCUUCAGACACUCCUCCUAUGGCGUAUUUAGCCAGAAGUCGCGCUCAGUGUGAAGCGCUAGAAAUCCAACAAUGCGGUGCUCCAGAGAACUGUUUUAUCAAUCGUAUACCGGAUAACCCACUUUCUAUGGACCAAGUAGGAACCAUCACUAAUCGAGCUCACUAUCGGUGUCGAUGUCAAAAAGACCUAUUUCCAAUUGACUUUGUGGUAUGGAUAAAUAAGACCGUUCACAACGUAAGUCGGGUCAUUCAAACCAGAUGUCCAGAACCGCCAGCCUGUGAUAAAUGUGACAAAGAACAUACGGUAAAAUGCAUUGAUCUAGGUGGAGGCAAAGCCACAUGUAUAUGCGAUCCAGACUACAUGGAAGAUAAAAAUUGUGAGAAGAAGAAAAAUGGUUGUACGGAACACCAUCCCGCAGCAAGUUUAACUGGAAAUCAGGCCUGUAUGGUCUACAAGAACAACUCAUGUUUCCCCAUACCUCAAUCUUUGCGGUACUCUUGCUUAUGUCGCGAGCCGUUUCGUGAGGAUAAACGACUUUCAUUCCCGAACUGUAUGGACAAUCGGACAAUAUGUCCACGACCACUGUGUCUCGGUUUCCAACCCCCAAUUGCGGUCACUAUUCCGGGACCAACUAUUAUACUGGACGAGACUCACACUUUCGAGAUGAGCGGAGAAAAUGAUUCGUGUUACCAGAAAAAAUGCAACUGUCCCGAGGGAUGGCUUGGUCCACAUUGUUCGGAAAAGCGAGGCGAACUCAUCCUUGGGUCGUGGUCCCCGUGGUCCACAUGCAAUCCUGAUUGCAUCAUGCCAAAUGAACGAAUGCGGUAUAAACAAAUGGAUGAUCUACACGCGGGCACGAGUCGCACCACAGCGAUUGGCUAUAGGAGCAAAUUUGCCCGCUGCACUGUGGGGGACUUGGAUUUCUGCGUUGGUACUUUCAGAUUUUGGAGACGGUGUCGUGUAACCACUUUGUGCAACACAUGGACUAAUUCCCGCCUCUCCACAGUCGUGAAUCACGCGAUAGCCCAGGCAAUGAUAGAGCAUGAUAAAGCACACCGCCCAGACCGUGUCGAACCCAUCCUAACGACCGCAGCGGAACUUACGUGGGAAGAAAGACAUUGCUUGAAUUUCAUCGUGGUGGCUGGCGCACUAAUCUACUCUUGUAUUACCAUAUGGACCAUGGAGUUACAUCACCUGAUUGUGAACUGGAAUUCCAAUGGAAACUAAAUGAGAAUGGAUGCGCGUGAAAUCAAAACCGUUAUUACAAUGAGUCAAGUUAUAUGUUGUGAUUGUCUGUUGCACAAAGUACAUUUACCCGUAAGCGGUAGAUUGGUAUUAUGAAUCACCUACACAUGAACAACAAACAUUCUAAAUGAGGUCAUCAGGUCAGUUGAACCGGGCAAAAAAAGUCACUUCGUCAAGUAUUUGGCCAUAACAUGAAGCUUCCGACUGAAUUCGUGUGUUCAUAUUCAGGUAGUGGGGUAAAGUAUGUGGACUGUCGGCUUGGCUCCCUCGAAUGCAAUCGUACGAUGGGGGCGGUGCGAUCCACUCACCAUCUGGUCGUCGCAUAUGUCUUCGAUCUGAUGCGAAAUAAGCGAGAUAUUUGGAUCCCGGGACAACACGGUAUUGUCUA